AUGAAUGAAAACGUUGAGAUCGUGUUUGUGCUCCAAGGUCUGAACGACUCACUGGCAAACCGUCAGAUAUUCUUCGCCCUCACCCUGAUGUCGUACCUCUUCACCAUCUCUGUGAACCUGACCCUCAUUCUCACUGUAUGUGUGGAUAAAGCCCUCCACCAGCCAAUGUACAUCUUCAUGUGCAACCUCUGCUUCACUGGAAUCUGUGGAGCCUCCAGCUUCUACCUGAAGCUGCUUCUGGACCUUCUGGCCGACGCUCACGUCAUCACUUACCCAGGCUGCUUGAUGCAGAUGUUUUUCAUUUAUGCGUAUGUCUUCUGCCAGUUAACCAGUCUAACUGUCAUGGCGUACGACCGCUACCUGGCCAUCUGCCAGCCGCUGCAUUACUGGGCUCUGAUGACGGUCCAGAAGGUGGCGCUGCUGUUGCUACUCACCUGGUGUUUGUCGCUGCUGGAAACAGCUGUGGGCCUUGUCCUGAUCGCCAGGCUGCCCAUCUGCAGCCACCACAUGACCAGGAUCUUCUGCACCAGCUGGGAGGUGGUGAAGCUGUCCUGCUCUGACACCAUCGCCAACAACCUGUAUGGGGUCAUGAUCAUGUUCCUGCACCUGGUGCAGAUUGUAGUCAUCCUGGUCUCAUACGUGCACCUGAUCCGAACAGCCGCCCGCUCUCAGACCGACCGCAGGAAGUUUGCUCAGACAUGCUUACCUCACCUCGUCUCGCUGUUAGUCUUCUCCGCCUCGCUACUGUUUGAGAUGCUAUAUUCCCGUUACGGCAGAGGCUCCAUGCCACCAUUGCAGAACGGACUGGCUGCAGAGUUCCUCGUGGUGCCGCCCAUCGUCAACCCCAUCAUCUACGGCAUGAACCUGCAACAGAUCAGAACCCGGAUCCGACUCCAGUUCACCUUCAAACGUUCUUAA